CGAGCCACAAUCUCUAUCAUGUUUGGAUAUUAUCACCAGCACAUAUCACUCGUGUGCAAAAGCUAACACAUGCUUAUUAUUUUUUUUUACAUACAAAUUUUUCUCUCCGGCAUUAGAGAGUACAGAUAAUCCAGAAUAAGUUAUCUUUCAGUGAAUCAAUCAGUUAUAUACGAAUAUUCUACAUGGACAGAAUAUGUAUCUUUCAGUGAAAUUGUGCUAUAAUCAAGCAUCCAUUUUCUAUCAUAGCCGUGUUGUUUACUUACUAGUGAAAUUGUGCUAUAAUCAAGCAUCCAUUUUCUAUCAUAGCCGUGUUGUUUACUUACUAAAUAAAGGAACUAAACUUGAAACUGUACUUGAAUAUGGACCAAAGAAUCAAACUAAUGUUUAAAUAUUACGAUCACCUUGCACACCACCUAUAUAAUAGUAAAAUGAGGAACACACAUAGUCUCUUAAUAUAUGACACAUGCAUGUAUCAGAGACACCACGCAAGAGCAGAAUUGUUCUUCUAGAAUUUCUGAAAGUAUUCAGAUAAAUAAUAGCAGUUCUCCAGAUGACUCUUCUACAGCAUGGCAGCAACAGCUCUUUCUAUAGAAAUUUGUUCAGCCUAUCACAGACCAUCUGAAAAUCGGCAAGAUGCACAUAUACAAGUAUACUAAUACUGAUAAACAUAUUCCUCACCAUGCAUCCAGAAGACAAAAGCAGUGUUUCCUUUGGCAGAAACACCUACUUGAUACUGAAGAGUUUAAUCGCAUGAUGAAAAAAAUACUUUGAUAAUCAGAAUCCUUCCUGCGUCUGAUCCCAGUUAUAUUUUGUGGCUGAUAUUUCCUUUAAACAAUAUUUAUGAAUCAAAUAAUCCUGACCUCUCUCUGCGCUACCAAGUUGAGUCUUCAUAAUAACCUUUAGGCAGUCAGCUCAAGUCUUACUAAAGUACUGUGAUACAUAAAAAAGAAAUGCCAUAAAAUUAGAGUCUAACAGUUUUGCAAGUUACAGAGUAAGCUAAUCAUAAACCUUGGACUUAGAUGUAAUAAUAGAUAACAGAUCAAAAAGGUCACAUAAACAAAAAGGCAGCAUUAAUAACAUGCAAUUAAACUGCUCAUUUUCCUGAAUUUAGGUAGACUUCACAAUGCUAACAGUAGCUUACAGCACUUCAGAAGCAUAAUACUAUGGCUCGGAGUGCAUAUUUGUGUCUUAGUCAUACAUGCUUGUCAUGCCUUUUGAUUGUUUGUGUUGGAGAUCACAGGUUACAGGCUUAAGGACAUUGGCCAACCUAACCGGUAGCCAUCUUAUCACAAUUCACAUUGUACUUCCUCUGGAAGCUAGAAAUAGUCCACUAACUAUAUGGAAACAAAUAAAUCUCUAAUGGACAACACUAACUAAAAAUAGGAUACAUUAUUUGUUGCUCUGAGUAUUGUAAAACUACAUAUUUUCCUUGUUUAAGAAUUACUACAAUAGUUUCAUUAAUUACGAGCUUCUGAAUGCUGAAGUUCUCCCAUUACAAAGUAAUAGGCUAUCAGCAUGGCAGCAUCUUUAAAAAUAUCUAUUUUUAAGGAUGCUCACAUGUCACUUGUAAUUUGUUCUACUAAAAUUUACAUCUGUAAUGUGCGGUGGGACAAUCUCGCCGCCGGACGACCUCGCUAAGCCUCUGCCAGAGCAGGAGCGCGGAGGACAUGGCAACGGUCCUGCACUGCCAUCAUCGACUGCUUGCCACUUCCAGGGUUCCAUUAAAUGGAGAAUAGCGGUUCACGUACACCACUCGGAGACAACACCAACACUAUCAAUGGAGGAAGAUCUAGAGUUCGCAAAAGGGAGACAGAUAGCGCUCGAUGGCACGGAAUGUCUCAAGAGAAAAGGGACGAUACAAAUAGAAAACGUCGAGAAGCGUAUAAAAGAAGAAAGGAGAGAAAGGAGCAACACCUAUGUAUCGAAAAUACCAAUGAUGGUGUGGAUGCAUCAAACAAGGAAAAUAUUGAUCCUACUGAAACAGAUGAUUGGUUGCAUAGGGAUGAUUCAUUCCAUGCAAAAAACUUUGAUGAUGAACUUAUAUCCAAUCAGUUACCAGGUAAUUAAAUUGUUGCUAAUAUGGGACUCAUGACUACAUUUUUGUGUUGGUGAAUCUAUCAGUAGCUUUAUAUAUGAAAAGAGGUUUGUUGACGGAUA